AUGAAGUGUCUGCUAGCAGUAUUCGUAGUGCUCUGUUUUGUAUCUUCCAUCAUACUUGGCCAAGGAAUUCCCUGUAUACAACAGGAACUGAACCAUGAGAUCGAAAAAGUCAUCGAUAAUAUCACUGCCGAAUACCACACUGGUCGCACGUUGAUUAUGCCUGACUCAAGCGAGGUGGGCUGGUUUGGAUGCGGUAAUAAAGAUUUACCAGAACCUGCUAAAGGAGAACCGAAAUCACGUGCUCUCUGUUAUUUUGUAAAAGGAGGCGCUCCUGACGAUGAGCAAUAA